GUAUCUAAUGCAGUAAAUAGAAACAAUGAUGAAUGAAAUUAUAUUACCUUGCUCAUUACUAACAUGUUAUUGAAUUUUGUAGAUAUAAAGACAUGUUGGGAUUAGUAGUUCUGAGUCUAUGGCUGAGAUGGGCAGAGUGCAUCCAAAAGAACAUAUUGAUGAUAAUCGUUGAUGACCUACGACCCGAGUUAGGAUGUUACUACACACCCGGCUCACCGUUCCAUGGCAAUAUGCAUACACCAAAUAUAGAUCAACUUGCAUCAAGGAGUGUUCUAUUCCAAGAGGCCUAUGUGCAGUAUCCACUAUGCAGCCCGAGUAGAUCUUCGUUAUUUACUGGGCGGAGACCUGACACUGUCAAAGUUUAUUCAAAUGCCAUCUAUUGGAGAGAAACUGGUGGCAAUUUUACAAGUUUUCCGCAAUAUUUGAAACAAAAUGGCUACACUGUGCUUGCAACAGGAAAGAUGUUACCAAAAAGUUCUAAUGUAAUGCAAGACCCUAUAUCAUGGACAAGACCAGUUGAUGUACCCCGAAACAUAUCUGUGAUUCGAGGGACUAAAUCAAGAACACAGACCUUCACAGAUAAUUCUGCAUAUCUACGCGAUAUGGGAGUGGCAGAUAAAGCAAAGGAAUUUAUGAAUGAAAUAGCUUCAGGAGAAUCCAAGCCAUUUUUCCUGGGGGUUGGAUUCUAUAAACCCCACCUCCCUUGGGUCUUUCCUGAUCGCUAUCUACAGUACUAUCCCGAGGAAGACAUAGCUCUACCCUCAAACCCUUACCCCCCAGAAAAUAUGCCUGACAUUGCAUGGACGGGACAUGCAGCUAUUUUUAAUAAAAAGUACAAGGAUAUUGUAGCACUGAAUAUAUCAGGAGACCAAAGGAGCAGCAGUGAUCUACCCGAUGAAGUGGUUCGACAACUUAAGAGAUCAUACUGCAGUUCUAUAUCUUACAUUGACGACUUGGUUGGUGACAUUGUGAAGCAUCUUGAACACACAAAACUGGCUAAUGACACGAUAAUUGCAUUCAUGAGUGAUCAUGGCUGGCAUUUAGGGGAGCAUGGACGAUGGGGUAAAGCAACAAGCUUUCAUUUAAAUACAAGGACACCACUAAUGAUCCACAUUCCAGGUGUGACAGAUAAAGGAGAUGUCACACACGGUAAGGUGGAAUUUGUUGACAUCUUUCCCACUUUACUUGAAGCUGCUGGUGUUGAAGCGAUUCCCAAA